CAAGCAAGCUCCUCAUCGAGUAAAUCUUAAAGUACUAACAUAAUCUCGUCGAUGAGCUGGUUUAGCCGUUCAAGCUCUGAACAAUCUCCAGCUGCAACAAGGCAGGACCGCCAGAAAUGCUGGGAAAGUCGUGACCAAUACUUUGAAUGCCUGGAUGGCGCUGGUGUUCUAACUGCCGGAGAAGAAGGGACAGCAUGCACCAAAUCAAAGUUUCAGUAUGAAAAGAGCUGUGCCAAAAGCUGGGUGAGUACAACGAUACAACGGUUCGUUCAUCUGGUUGAUCUGAACGCUGAGCAUCAGAUUGAUUAUUUCAACAAAAGGAGGGUUCUCGCUGAGAAACAGAAGGAUAUGCUUGCACAGUCUCAACUCCAAUCGCAGGAGGCCAAGCGCAAACUAUAGUUCU